UCGGGGACAUCACCCUGCGCCCCGCAAAAACAUGGCGACAAGGUCGGAGGACGUUCUCGGCGAAAAGUGGGAUAAAUGUGUCGCGGACACGUUAAUUAAAGUUGGUGCCGGCUUUGGUGUUGGGGCCCUAUUUUCUCUAGUGCUGUUCAAAAGGCGUGCCUGGCCUGUCAUAUUCGGCAUCGGUAGUGGAUUUGGGAUGGGCUACAACAACUGCCAGCACACAUUCAACGAGCCUACGUUGCUGCGCGCCUAUACGCUAAAGGCAAAACAAAAGGAGUCAGCACCAGCAGCCAUCGCACAAAAGUGAUUCCUUUCUGCCAGCUGUACUUAUGUAGCUACACAUGGGCUACUAAAUUCUAGUUGUAUGUUUCAAUAUUAAACACUUUGGCUAAUUGA